UGAACCCAGAAUCUUUCAAAAUAUCAUAAAAAGAGACCCAGCAGGAGCCAACCUUAACUACAGUUCAGGAAUUAAGAACAUUCCAAAGGCUACUUUAAAAGUCAAGGCCUGAGCCUGAAGCCAAGGGCCUGGGAUGCUAGGGGAGGGUUGUGUUGGAGAGGAAGGGCUCAGGGGGGAAAGAGGAGUGAGCCAGCAUUCUCUGUCUAGCCUGGUUGGGCUGUGCCUGGCAUCUGUCUUGCCCUCUCCCCUUUGGCCACGGGGCUCCUCUCAGCGAUUUGCAGCAGACACGAAGGACAGUGUGCCUCGGUGGCAUUGAACUGAAGCUUGGCUCAGGGCCUGGCCUGCUGGCUAGUUGCCCACCCUGUGGGUCCCGCCCUGAGCAAGGAUACCGGAGCUCGGAGCUCGCUGAGCCUGGGUUCCCGCUCCAGUCGUCCCUUCAGCCACUUUGCAGAACUCUGUCGCCAUGAGCACCUCCUCUGCGCGGCCUGCGGUCCUGGUCCUUGCCGGGCUGGCGCUGCUCCUUCUGCUGUGUCUGGGUCCAGGUGGCAUAAAUGGAAACAAACUCAAGAAGAUGCUCCAGAAACGAGAAGGACCUGCCCCAUCAAAGACUAACGUAGCUGUAGCCGAGCACACGGCAAAGGAAUUCCUAGGUGGCCUGAAGCGUGCCAAACGACAGCUGUGGGACCGUACACGGCCUGAGGUACAGCAGUGGUACCAGCAGUUCCUGUACAUGGGCUUUGAUGAGGCGAAAUUUGAAGAUGAUGUCAACUAUUGGCUAAACAGAAAUCAAAAUGGCCAUGACUACUAUGGUGACUACUACCAGCGUCAUUAUGAUGAAGAUGCAGCCAUUGGUCCCCACAGCCGGGAAAGCUUUAGGCAUGGAGCCAGUGUCAACUAUGAUGACUAUUAAGCUCCCGGAGGUGCCACAGAGCCUGUGCCUGGCUCAGCAGGCCUUCUCUACCUAGGCCAUGUGAACAUCAGGCUAAAGGAAAGAAUAUAAGUGCUUUUCACAUUUCACGCAUGCGCUUAACAAUAUGUCUCACUUAAAAAUAGAAAUAAAAGCAUUUUUUUUUUUUAAA